CAGCCCAAGGACUUGGGCACAGGCGACGAGGGGGAAUUUCCGCAUAACUGCGUCUGCGCUGUCUACGACGAAUGGCCCUUGCACUCGCUGCCCAAGCUAAUGGAGAAUCUGCGGCGUCUUCGCAAAUACUCUGCAGCCUUCAGGUGCACUUUAUCGAACGCUUCAAGCAUCUGGAGCUGCUGGCCCUCUAUGGCAACAUCUCGCAGAGCGCCAUGACGGACGUUUUCCAGCGCUGCCGGCUUCUGAAGCAUUUGUACAUCAAGGCCGAUUCCGAUACGCCACUCGAUCUGAGCGGCGUGGUCAAGUGUCCCAUCAUUGAAGGCAUCUCGGUGCCCGUCAGCAUGUUUGCCAUUCAACGCGAACUCCUCGUCGGCUGCCCCCAUCAACAUCUGAUCGAGUUGUCCCAUUGCGGCCGGAAGAGCGGCCUGACUGUCGAUUGUCUGAACACAAUCUUCGGACUGAAGUCCGAGGCCAUUGAGGCCAUUCAAAUGGACUGCUCCUGGCUGGAAUCGGGUGCACAAAGCCUCGCGGCCAUGGCCAUGGGCCGUUGCACCCACGUUCGCAGUCUCGUUCUGGGCAAUUGCGACUUUUGGGACGUUGCCAUUGAAGGCCUCGACUUGCCGCAGGUGCAGCGUUACAUUGGCCUGGACCGUUGCCACAAUUUGACCAACGAACAGGUGCUCGAUAUGGUUCGUCAAUGUCCGCAGCUGCGAGAGUUCUAUGUGGUUCAGGGUGCCCUGCUGACAGGUGAACUGCUGCAUGGCAUCUAUCGCAUGCGGAUCGAAAAUGAUCCGGGCUACCCAUUGACCUUCAUACUGAGACACUGCACGAAACUCGUUGAGAGUUACAACACAAUGUUCUCGGAGUAUUGGGCCGGAAAGCAAGACAUUGUCCGUGUUAAGCAUGCUGAGGACGAUAUCAAGCCCAUUGCCGAUGUUCAAUUAUUCUUUCAUGGCUACGUUCAGGUCGUCACUUCCUUGGAGGAGAACAUGGAGAUGUCGCAAUAUGAUACAAGCGAUGCCUGAUCCAGAGUUUACACAGCGAAUUUCGAGUUUAAGUAAACGAAAUGCCUAAAUAAUACAGACAA